AUGUCUCGUAUUAUUAUAAAGGGAUUACCAAUUUUUUUAACAGAUGAUAAAUUAAAAGAUCAUUUCAAUAAAAGGUUAAUUGAAAAAUAUAAUAUUUCUCAACCAGAUCUGAUCACAGAUUGUAAAAUCUUAAGAGAUAGAAAGGGAAACAGUAGACGGUUUGCAUUUAUUGGUUACAAAAAUGAGGAAGACGCAUUUGAUGCAAUCAAUUAUUUCAAUGGAUCCUACAUCAACACUUCUAAAUUAGAGGUUUCUAUGGCAAAAAGUUUUGCUGAUCCCAGGGUUCCUCAAUCCAUGAAGGAAAGAAAGAGAGAAGCCUAUAAGAGAAUGAGAGAGAGAGAAGAAAAACUAUUGGAGGAAGAACAAAAUAAGUCUAAGAAACACAAUAAUAAAAAGGCCAAGAUCCAUGAAAAUUCAAUUGAUGCUGAGAUUGCUAAGAAUAAACAGUUGCAAGAAUUCAUCGAGACAAUGAAACCAAGCUCAAAAAUCACAUCUUGGGAAACUGCUGGUAUGAACAAUAAUACUUAUGAUACAGAAAAAAAUAGUGAUAGUACCAAUAGUAGUAAAGAACAGAUAACAGAUGGAAGUUACGAUGGUGACAAAGAAAUUCAAGGAAAUUCUCUUCUGGCCCAUGCUUUAGCCAUGCAAGAUAAUAAUAACAAUAAUGAUGAAAACAUGGAAAGAAUAUCAGAUCAAGAGAGUGAUGGUGAAUAUGAAGAUUUUAAUGCCAAAAAAGGGAAUGAAACAGACAAGCAAGAAGAAGAACCUAUGAUGACACUUGAUCAAGUACCUAUUAAUGAAGUAAAUAAUAACAAUAAAAAUGAUGAUGAUCAAGAUAAUCUAGCUAGAGACGAACAAAUUUCAGAUUUAGACUGGUUUAAGCAACGUAGAGUUAGAAUCAGAGAAGGUGAAGAUGCACCAGUGGAAAACGUUGAUACUAAAGGACAGCAAGCAGAUGAACGAGAAACAGUAGACAAUGAAGAUACAUCCAAAGAACCUACCGAAUCACCAGAAGAAAUAGCUAUAGAGAAAAUAAGAGAGACUGGUAGAUUAUUUUUGCGUAACAUAUUAUACACAUCAACUGAGAAGGAUUUUGAGAAUCUUUUUAGUCCAUUUGGUCAACUAGAAGAAGUACACAUUGCGUUAGAUACUAGAACCGGCAAAUCCAAAGGGUUUGCUUAUAUUCUUUUCAAAAACCCAGACGAUGCAGUACAGGCAUACAUUGAAUUAGACAAACAAAUUUUCCAAGGUAGAUUAUUACAUAUAUUGCCAGCAGAUUCUAAGAAAUCUCAUCGGUUAGAUGAAUUUGAUUUGAAAAAUAUGCCAUUAAAGAAACAACGUGAAUUGAAAAGAAAGGCGAAUGCAUCGAAACAAACGUUUUCUUGGAACUCCUUAUACAUGAAUCAGGAUGCCGUACUAAGCAGCGUUGCUAAUAAAUUAGGUUUACAGAAAUCUGAAUUACUUGACCCAGAGAACUCAAGCUCUGCCGUUAAACAAGCAUUAGCUGAAGCACAUGUGAUUGGUGACGUUAGGAAAUAUUUUGAGGAAAAAGGUGUUGAUCUGUUAAAAUUCCAACAGUUGAAAGAUCCUAAACAAAGGGAUGAUACUGUCAUCUUGAUUAAAAAUUUUCCAUAUAGUACAACAAUAGAGGAAUUAAGCGAUCUUUUCUUACCAUUUGGUAAAUUAGAAAGAUUCCUAAUGCCACCGGCUGGUACCAUUGCUAUCGUUCAAUAUAGAGAUGUUACAUCUGCCAGAGCUGCAUUUACAAAGCUAGCAUAUAAAAGAUUUAAAGAUGGUAUACUUUAUUUAGAAAAGGGUCCAAAGGACUGUUUCACAAGGGCUGCUAAGAAAGAUGAGUCAGUUGAAAAAGACUCUGUGGCACCAGUGGAAUCUAAGUUUUCUAUAGACGAUAUCAUGGAAGGUAAAAGGUCAUCUGCAAACCCACCAGAAUCAGAAAACAUUAAUAAUAUUACAAAUGAGGAUGCUAAGCUAUAUAAUAAUAAUAAUAAAGAUGAUGAUAAUGACGCUGACGAUGACGACGAUACUAUUCAUGGACCAACAGUCUCUAUAUUUAUCAAAAACCUAAACUUUUCUACCACGACUGCCCAGUUAAAUGAUAGAUUUAAAAACUUCAACGGAUUUGUUGUUGCACAAGUGAAGACCAAACCAGAUGCGAAACAUCCAGGCAAGACCCUAUCCAUGGGGUUCGGUUUUGCUGAAUUUAGAACUAAAGAACAAGCGAAUGCCGUCAUAGCGGCGAUGGACGGUGAAGUGAUUGAUGGCCAUAGAAUCCAAUUAAAAUUAUCACACAGACAAAGUGGCGUUAAUCAUGCCAAUAGUAGUAAUAACACGAAUGGUAAUUCUAAGAGGAAGAUUAAAAGUGGCAAGAUCAUUGUUAAGAACUUGCCAUUUGAAGCUACUAGAAAGGAUGUCUUUGAAUUAUUUAAUUCAUUUGGUCAAUUGAAAUCAGUUCGUGUUCCAAAGAAAUUCGAUAAAUCAGCAAGAGGUUUUGCAUUUGUUGAAUUCUUAUUACCAAAGGAAGCUGAAAAUGCAAUAGAUCAAUUACAAGGUGUGCAUUUAUUAGGUCGUAGGCUAGUUAUACAAUAUGCAGAAUCAGAUGCAGUAAAUGCAGAAGAAGAGAUAGCAAGAAUGACUAAAAAAGUCAGGAAGCAAGUUGCUACUAAAGAGAUAUCCCUAUUAAGAGAAAGUCGUGGUAGACGUAAACUCGACACGGAAGAAUCCAGAGAGGAUAAGGCAGACUAUUAA